AUGUCCGGGUGCUGUGGCCCUUUGCGCUGGCUGCUGAAACGGGCGGCGCGGCACUGGGCCCCGGUUUGGGGCUUAGACCGCGAAGCCGAGGGAGGCAAGGCUGUUAGGGUCCCUGUCUCGCCAUGGCUUGGCGUUGUGCUGAUCAAGUGCCGGAAAACGUUACAUGGCCUAUCGUCUGAGGCUGUGCCCAAAAAACGCCAUCUGCACCAGGAGGCAAAGUCUCCGGAGAAGAGGUGCCUCGCCUGUCCGUGCGAAACCUGCGCCAAGGCCGCUGCAUUUCUGACCUCACCUCAGGGCAUCGAGUGUCUGGGCGCAGCUUGCGCAGACCCCGAGAUUCUUGCACGGCUCUCUCUAUGCAGCCGCUCGCAGCACCGGACGGUCCACGACGCGGAGUUCCUCCAGCGUCGAGCGGCAGAACUCGGAAAGCGGGUCGCAUCUCCGGCGCGGCUGGAGCAGCUUGCGUUCAGCGUGGCCGUAGAGCCCCUCUGCGGCCUGGAUACGAACCACAUCUACUUCAGUUAUGGCGGGGGAUCUCAGCUACAAGGCUCGGAGCUCCCCUUCCUGGCAAAAGCCGCAGCUCUGGCACGGCGCUUUUCGCGGGUCAAUGUACACAUCGAUGCACACGCAGGCGUGAGAGCACCAGGCAGAUUGGUGGCGAAGAGGACCUCCCAGGCACGCGCCAAGGCCAUCCUGAAAGAGCUGGUGGCUCAGGGCCUCCCCGAGAAUCGAAUCAGCUUCACUGCUUGGGGGAGGCUGGUGUCUGCGGCCUGGCCUGAAAACGAGCGGGUCGCGAGGGCCGAGGUUUACUUUAAGCUGGAUGACAUGGUCUACCCAGAGAGGCCAGAGUACUACAACGUGCGAUCGCAGCUGGGCCUUGCCAGCCCUGCCGAUUCCGAGGAGGAGGCGGUGCACCGCCUGCGCCUGCGCCACGUGGAGGACGAUCUUCUGCUCUUCGUGCCGGCUACGACUGGCUUCCAGCUGGUGUCCAUCGCCAACACGGCUUAA